CGCCAUAGCCACGGUAGUCGUGGCGACCAAGCAACCCGGCAACGCGAGUCAACAACAACAACCGCCCGGCCGACCCCCACCCCCACCCCCCCCACCCGGCCCAGGGACCCCGGCACGUUCCGUCCCCCUCCCAACAUCGCCUCCGAGACCUCUGGAAAGCCCUUCUGCGGACAGAAGUAGGAAGAAGCCGAGGAAGAAAAAAAAAAAGCCUUAUUUAUUAUCAUUUUCCCCACUGUUGGCAUGGCAACACCAGCGUACGUUACCGAGCUUCAAGCAGCCCCGCAGCCAGCCCCGCCACCGCAGGCCCCGCCCCAGCCCCCGCCGCCACCAGCGGCGCCCCAGCCCCCCCAGCCGCCUGCCACCGCCGCCACCCCCCAGCCCCAGUAUGUCACUGAGCUGCAGAGCCCCCAGCCCCAGGCGCAGCCACCAGGCAGCCAGAAGCAGUACGUGACAGAGCUGCCGGCCACCCCCACGCCCUCGCAGCCGGCCGGCGCCCCUGCCCCGUCCCCGGCGUCCCAGCAGUACAUCGUGGUCACCGUCUCUGAAGGCGCUAUGCGGGCCAGUGAGACUGUAUCAGAGGCCAGCCCAGGCUCCACAGCCAGCCAGACCGGAGUCCCCACUCAGGUGGUUCAGCAGGUGCAGGGCACCCAGCAGCGUCUGCUGGUCCAGACGAGCGUGCAGGCCAAGCCGGGCCAUGUGUCACCCCUCCAGCUCACCAACAUCCCAGUGCCCCAGCAGGCUCUCCCCACGCAGCGUCUGGUGGUGCAGAGCACAGCCACAGGCGGCAAGGGUGGCCAGGUUUCCCUGACAGUGCACGGCCCCCAGCAGGUGCACUCACCACCUGAGCGGUCACCAGUGCAGGCCAACAGCUCCUCCAGCAAGACAGCCGCGGCCCCCACGGGCACAGUGCCGCAGCAGCUGCCGGUCCACGGCGUUCAGCAGAGUGUCCCCGUCACCCAAGAGAGGUCCGUGGUCCAAGCCACUCCACAGGCGCCCAAAGCCGGCCCUGUGCAGCAGCUCACGGUGCAGGGCCUCCAGCCAGUUCAUGUGGCCCAAGAGGUGCAGCAGCUCCAGCAGGUGCCUGUCCCACACGUGUACUCCAGCCAAGUGCAGUAUGUGGAGGGUGGUGACGCCAGCUACACGGCCAGUGCCAUCCGCUCCAGUACCUACUCCUACCCGGAGACGCCGCUGUACACCCAGACAGCGGGCACCAGCUACUACGAGGCCGCGGGCACCGCCGCCCAGGUCAGCACACCUGCCACCUCCCAGGCGGUGGCCAGCACCGGCUCCGUGCCCAUGUACGUGUCCGGCACCCAGGUGGUCACCAGCUCCACCAGCAGCGGGGGUGGGGCCAGCAGUGGUGGCAACGGCGGCAGCGGCGGCGGGGGAGGCAGUGGCGGUGGCGGGGGCGGUGGCAGCGGCGGCGGCGGCAGCGGCGGCGGCAGCGGAGCGGGAACCUAUGUGAUCCAGGGCGGCUACAUGCUGGGCAGUGCCAGCCAGUCCUACUCCCACACCACCCGUGCCUCGCCAGCCACUGUUCAGUGGCUCCUAGACAACUAUGAGACGGCAGAGGGGGUGAGCCUGCCGCGGAGCACCCUCUACUGCCACUACCUGCUGCACUGCCAGGAGCAGAAGCUGGAGCCAGUCAAUGCCGCUUCCUUCGGCAAGCUCAUCCGCUCUGUCUUCAUGGGCCUGCGCACCCGACGGCUUGGCACCAGGGGCAACUCUAAAUACCACUACUACGGCCUGCGCAUCAAGGCCAGCUCGCCCCUGCUGCGGCUCAUGGAGGACCAGCAGCACAUGGCUAUGCGGGGCCAGCCCUUCUCGCAGAAGCAAAGGCUCAAGCCCAUCCAGAAGAUGGAGGGCAUGACCAACGGUGUGGCCGUGGGGCCGCAGCAGGCCACUGGGCUGUCUGACAUCAGCGCCCAGGUCCAGCAGUACCAGCAGUUCCUGGAUGCCUCGAGGAGUCUCCCUGAUUUCUCAGAGCUUGACCUCCAGGGCAAAGUCCUCCCCGAGGGUGUUGGGCCUGGGGACAUCAAGGCCUUCCAGGUCCUGUACCGGGAACACUGUGAGGCCAUUGUCGACGUCAUGGUGAACCUGCAGUUCACCCUGGUGGAGACGCUGUGGAAAACCUUCUGGAGAUACAACCUCAGCCAGCCCAACGAGGCGCCUCCACUGGCUGUGCAUGAUGAGGCUGAGAAGCGGCUGCCCAAGGCCAGCCUGGUGCUCCUCUCCAAGUUUGAACCAGUGCUGCAGUGGACCAAGCACUGUGACAACGUGCUGUACCAGGGCCUGGUGGAGAUCCUCAUCCCGGACGUGCUGCGGCCCAUCCCCAGUGCCUUGACCCAAGCGAUCCGGAACUUUGCCAAGAGCCUGGAGAGCUGGCUCACGCAUGCCAUGGUGAACAUCCCUGAGGAGAUGCUGCGUGUGAAGGUGGCAGCAGCCGGCGCCUUUGCGCAGACGCUGCGACGCUACACGUCGCUCAAUCACUUGGCGCAGGCAGCCCGCGCGGUGCUGCAGAACACCGCGCAGAUCAACCAGAUGCUGAGCGACCUCAACCGCGUGGACUUCGCCAACGUGCAAGAGCAGGCCUCGUGGGUGUGCCGCUGCGAGGACCGCGUGGUGCAGCGGCUGGAGCAGGACUUCAAGGUGACCCUGCAGCAGCAGAACUCACUGGAGCAGUGGGCGGCCUGGCUGGACGGCGUCGUGAGCCAGGUGCUUAAGCCCUACCAGGGCAGCGCCGGCUUCCCCAAGGCCGCCAAGCUCUUCCUCCUCAAGUGGUCCUUCUACAGCUCCAUGGUGAUCCGGGACCUGACCCUGCGAAGCGCUGCCAGCUUUGGUUCUUUCCACCUCAUCCGGCUGCUCUACGACGAGUACAUGUACUACCUGAUCGAGCAUCGAGUGGCCCAGGCCAAGGGCGAGACCCCAAUCGCGGUCAUGGGCGAGUUCGCCAACCUGACCACCUCGCUGAACCCCCUAGACCCGGACAAAGACGAAGAGGAGGAGGAAGAGGAGGAGAGCGAGGAUGAGCUGCCGCAGGACAUCUCGCUGGCGGCCGGCGGCGAGUCGCCCGCUCUGGGCCCUGAUGCCCUGGAGCCGCCUGCCAAGUUGGCACGGACAGACGCGCGUGGCCUCUUCGUGCAGGCGCUGCCCUCCAGCUAAGCCCGCGGCCUCCCCUGCCCCGCCCGCCCGCCCCCGCCGCCCAUCCACGCCAGGGUCCCUCACAGCUUCUGUGGCUUCGCUGUCACCAGUCCAGCCUCGGGCGGGGAGGGGGCCUCCAAGACAGGGAAGGCUAGGGGGUCCCUGCCCCCAGUGGGGGCGGCACAAUCACAGGGCCAGGCGGAGCCGCAGCUGCAAACUGACACACAAGACGUGCCUUAAGGAACCCGCCACCGUGCCCAGGUGCCCCGUGGGACAGCCAGCUAGGCUCCUUGGCCCCGAAGGCCUCAGCAUCUCCCUCCCCCAGCCCUACCCUCCCGUGUCCCAGGGGGCAGGCAGGCAGGCCCCCUCCCCUGUGGAACUGUUAACUUAUUCAGCUCGCUGGCUUUGCACAGUCUGUCCCGGGCCCAACCCUGAGCCCCAGGUGGGCACAGGUGGGUAUCACCUGGGGACCCCCACUGUCAGCAGCAGCCCCGGGACCCCUCCCCCCAGCAACCCCACCGCUCCCCAUUCCUUGGUAUAAGUGCAAUUAAAGCCGUGGGUGUCGCAUCUUCUCCAGAGCUGGGCCCUCCCUUGCCCCGCAGCCCUCAGGAGGGCACUGUCCGGCCUGGUUGGAGGGAGGGCGGCGGGGGGCACCGCCUCCAGCUUCCAAAGAGCAGCAGGCUGGGCUGGGGGUGGGAGCCCAGAGGGGCCUGCUGCCAGCAGUGGGGCCCAGAAGUGCCCACGCCUGUCCCAGCCCCAGCUAGGGGCUCGGCUCCCAGAUCCAAGACCCCAGCAUCCCAGGCCACCCGCCUCUGGUUUGUAAUGGAACCUCUGUGCUCCUUCUCUCCCGGGAGACUGUGCUUCUCCUCCGUGCAGUGCGACCCGCCCCCCACAUGACUAUUGUGCGAUUUGUGAGCCGCCUGAGCGGAGUUGGUAACUUGUUGGUUUUUUUCCAACCAUCAUGGCCUUAUCUGUUCCGGUUUUCUCAGUGUCUUCAACCUGUGAGAUAGAUGUUUAUGGCAAAAAGCAAAAAAACAAAAAACAAAAAAAAAGACAAAAAAAGAUCUGACCUAUUGUAUAAAAAUCACUAUUUUGUGUGCUCCGCGUGCUACAGCUUUUGGGGUGGCCCCCCAACUUCCCCUCCCCACUCCCUCGGGGCCCCCCCUCUCCUGGCCGUGAAAGUGUCCACGCGUGUGGUAGUCUAGUGUGCCGAGCUGUUUUCUACCUUUUUGUAGUCUUUCUUAAAACACAAUAAAUUCCGCUGUGGUA